UUGCUCUUGUGUCACUGCAGAGAUGACCACGGCUUCAGCCCCCUUCACUGGGCAUGCCGGGAGGGCCGCUCCAGUGUGGUGGACAUGCUCAUCAUGAGAGGAGCGCGCAUUAACGUCAUGAACCGGGGGGACGACACGCCUCUGCACCUGGCUGCCAGCCACGGACAUCGGGACAUUGUGGGAAAGCUGAUCCAGUGCAAAGCAGACACCAAUGCAGCAAACGAACAUGGAAACACACCUCUGCAUUAUGCCUGCUUCUGGGGCCAAGACCAAGUGGCAGAGGAUCUUGUGAACAAUGGGGCUCAGGUUAGCAUCUGCAACAAAUAUGGGGAAACUCCUCUGGACAAAGGCAAACCUCACCUGCGGGAACUCCUCAGAGAAAAGGCAGAGAAAAUGGGACAGAGCUUGGCUAAGAUUCCCUAUAAGGACACGUUCUGGAAAGGCACCACCAGAACUCGACCCCGCAACGGCACAUUGAACAAACAGGCAGGCAUUGACUUCAAACAGCUUUCGCUUCUUGCCAAAAUCAAUGAAAACCAUUCUGGAGAGUUAUGGCAGGGUCGCUGGCAAGGGAAUGAAAUAGUUGUCAAGGUGCUAAAAGUUCGUGACUGGACUGGGAGGAAGAGCAGAGACUUCAAUGAGGAGUAUCCCAAACUCAGGAUAUUUUCUCACCCAAAUGUUCUUCCCAUGUUGGGAGCAUGUCAGUCUCCUCCCGCCCCUCACCCCAUCAUCAUCACACACUGGAUGCCUUAUGGCUCCCUGUACAACGUGCUGCAUGAAGGCACCAAUUUUGUGGUGGACCAGACACAGGCAGUCAAGUUUGCUCUGGACAUAGCAAGUGGAAUGGCCUUCUUACACACUCUUGAACCCAUGAUUUCUCGCCAUUAUCUGAACAGCAAGAGCAUAAUGAUCGAUGAAGACAUGACGGCGAGGAUCAGCAUGGCAGAUGUCAAGUUCUCCUUCCAGUGUCCUGGCAGGAUGUACUCGCCAGCCUGGGUGGCCCCUGAGGCACUGCAGAAGAAGCCAGAGGAGAUCAACCGUCGCUCAGCUGACAUGUGGAGCUUUGCCAUCCUGCUGUGGGAGCUGGUGACCAGAGAGGUGCCAUUUGCUGACCUGUCCAACAUGGAGAUAGGCAUGAAGGUUGCUCUGGAGGGCCUGAGGCCCACUAUCCCCCCCGGCAUCUCACCACACAUUUGCAAGCUCAUGAAGAUUUGCAUGAACGAAGACCCAGCCAAGAGGCCUAAAUUUGACAUGAUUGUGCCAAUCCUGGAAAAAAUGCAGGAGAAGUGAAAAGUCACUGACCCCUCUUUCUCGAACUAACUGAAUAUCCGGAUAUCUUACUCCGGAAAUGACUCUGGUAUGGUGGUGUGGUGCUUACCAGUAUUGCCUUAAACGCAUCCUCUACUACUGCAUUCAACGCUACUGUAGCUUCUGCUCCUGAGAUGAGUUCAGUGACAUUCACCUCUUUUCUAUUGUUUUUUUUGUCAAUGUUAUCUGAGGUUUAUAUGAUUACUGUCUUUGCUACUGAAAUGCUGAUGUUCUAAAAUGUCUUUAGAACAGUUCAUAUUAACUGUGCAUCUUCUCAGCUGUUAUCAUGUGGACUUGGAUUUCCUCUAAUGACUGAAUAACCUCUGGAGGUCAGCACGACACUCCUCUGCCUUGAACCAGUGGAUGUAAGGCCUUAUUUUGUCCAGAACGGACUCUCUUAAGAAAUCAGCCUUUACGAUAACUGCAGCCUUAUAGAUAUGGCUCACAAUUAAAUAAACAGAUUAACCCAAAGCUUGUUUGUGGAAAAAGGUAAAUGUAUUUUGUCUUAGUGGCCACAAAGUGUAUGCAAUGAUAAAGCAUGUCAGCAGUUGGUGUGUAACCUGAUUAAUAAAACUCAUCUAAAUGAGGGAUGCCCCUGGAAUGUGGUGCCAUUCGGCUUGGCUGUGUAGGGAUGACCAGCAUGGCCUUUCUGGUGCUUUACUACCUGAGUGCAUCUUGUACAAUCUGCAGACAAUUUAAAAGUGCCCCAAUGAGCUGUUUUUUGUCUUUGAGCCUGUAAACCUCUGUAAGAGUCUGUAAGACUCUUCUGGAAAUAUUAUGUUUCAGAUACAUUGCAGGAUUGUUGAAAAUCGUGGUAAUUGUGCUCAUGUGAUCAUUUGCAUCUCACAUUUUCUUUCAGUCUCAAACUUUUGCCAUCUGUUUUUUAACCUUAUUUGAAUUGUUACCGAGAAUUUUGAAUGAAAAAGUAUUGUAAGCUUCUGUUGAGAUCUGAAACGUCUGCGCUGUAAUCAAGUGUUGUUUUCAAGUUGAGAGCAGGAAAUCUGUUUUCCAGAUAGGAAUGGCUUUCAUUCAUUAUGUUGGCAAUGAACUGUUCAAAAUGUAAUACAAGUUGUUGGAGGGAGCUUUGUGCUUUGGUUUUUCUUUUGUCACUAAGAAACAGCUGCCACCACUGGGACAUUAUGGGGGUUUAUUUCCUGUGAACUUAUUUUCUUAAACCCCCUGAAUGAAACAUAAUUAUCUAUCUCUUGGAGUUUCCUUUUAUCAGCAUCCAUUCUGUGCCUCCACUGGCUUGCUUGUUUGUGCCGAAUCAUGGCUGAAGCCAAAAAUCAAGAAUGACUUAUACAAAUGUAUGUAUUUAUAUAUGUGUAUAUUAAAAAUGCAAAAUUUGGAC